GCCAAAAUGCGCCCACCAUUGGCCUCUGUUGGGGCUUUGGCCCUCAUUAUCUGGACAUUGCUUUGGCAUCCGGUCAGUGGUGACGACUACGCAGAUAUUGAAGUUUACGAUGUCAAUGAGCCGAGAUCACGACUUCUGAUGGUAGACGGUCAUAUGUGGUUUCAUGCUGGACGUGGAAAAAAUAUGACAUUCAAGACUAGUGGUGGUGGAUCAAUUUAUAUCGAUCACACUGAUGUCUCAAAAUUGCCUGAACUUGCGGUACCAGGAUUGGAUCCGGAUUCCAUCGGGAUCUGA